AUGCUUCCUCGCACAAUUACCCGCGCACUUCCGCGCAAUGCUUUCGCUCGCACCCCUGCCUCCAGACUCCCUGCCUCAUUCCGGAGAUGGAACUCGACAGAGGGUGGUGAGGAGAAGGUGAAGGGCCAGGUCAUCGGUAUUGAUCUUGGUACCACCAACUCCGCCGUCGCUGUCAUGGAGGGCAAGUCCCCCAAGAUCAUUGAGAACGCCGAAGGUGCUCGCACUACUCCCUCCGUUGUUGGUUUCGCCCAGGAUGGCGAGCGCUUGGUCGGUGUUGCCGCUAAGCGUCAGGCCGUUGUCAACCCCGAGAACACUCUGUUCGCUACCAAGCGUCUGAUUGGUCGCAAGUACACCGAUAUCGAGGUCCAGCGUGACAUCAAGGAGGUUCCCUACAAGAUUGUCCAGCACACCAACGGUGACGCCUGGGUUGAGGCCCGCGGCCAAAAGUACUCCCCUUCGCAGGUUGGUGGCUUCGUCCUCACCAAGAUGAAGGAGACCGCCGAGGCAUACCUCAGCAAGCCCGUUAAGAACGCCGUCGUUACUGUCCCCGCGUACUUCAACGACUCUCAGCGUCAGGCUACCAAGGAUGCUGGUCAGAUUGCCGGCCUGAACGUCCUGCGUGUCGUCAACGAGCCUACCGCUGCCGCCCUUGCCUACGGUAUGGAGAAGGAGGCCGACCGUGUCGUCGCCGUCUACGAUCUCGGUGGUGGUACCUUCGAUAUCUCCGUUCUGGAGAUCCAGAAGGGGUGUGAUUUCGAUAUCCACCUUGUCCGCAACAUUGUUGGCGAGUUCAAGAAGGAGACCGGUGUUGACCUCACCGGUGACCGCAUGGCCAUCCAGCGUAUCCGUGAGGCCGCCGAGAAGGCCAAGAUCGAGCUGUCCUCUUCCCUCCAGACUGAGAUCAGCCUUCCCUUCAUCACUGCUGGCGCCAGCGGAGCUCUUCACAUCACCCAGAAGAUGACCCGUGCUCAGCUCGAGGCCCUCGUUGACCCCCUCAUCAGCCGCACCGUUGAGCCCGUCCGCAAGGCCCUGAAGGAUGCCAACCUCCAGUCCGGCGACAUCCAGGACAUCAUCCUGGUUGGUGGUAUGACCCGUAUGCCCAAGGUCACCGAGUCCGUUAAGGGCAUCUUCGGCCGUGAGCCCUCCAAGUCCGUCAACCCCGAUGAGGCCGUCGCCAUCGGUGCCGCCAUCCAGGGUGCCGUCCUCGCCGGUGAGGUCACUGACGUUCUGCUCCUCGAUGUCACUCCCCUUUCCCUCGGUAUCGAGACCCUCGGCGGUGUCUUCACCCGUUUGAUCAACCGCAACACCACCAUCCCCACCAAGAAGUCCCAGACUUUCUCCACCGCUGCUGACAUGCAGACCGCUGUCGAGAUCAAGGUCUACCAGGCUUGUUGGCAUCCCCCUGCCCACCGUGGUGUUCCCCAGAUUGAGGUCACCUUCGACAUUGACGCUGACUCCAUUGUCCACGUCAACGCCAAGGAUAAGUCCACCAACAAGGACCAGUCCAUCACCAUUGCCUCCGGCUCCGGUCUUUCCGAUGCUGAGAUCCAGUCCAUGGUUGAGGAUUCCGAGAAGUACGCUGAGGCUGAUAAGGAGCGCAAGGCCGCCAUCGAGGCUGCCAACCGCGCUGACAGCGUCCUGAACGAUACCGAGAAGGCCCUCAAGGACUUCGAGGACCGUCUCGACAAGGCCGAGGCCGAGACCAUCAAGGAGAAGAUCGCCACUCUCCGUGAGUUCGUUGUCAAGAGCCAGUCUGGCGAGAGCGCCACCACUGCCGAGGAGCUCAAGGAGAAGACCGAUGAGCUCCAGACUGCCAGCUUGACCCUCUUCGAUAAGAUGCACAAGGCCAACAACGAGCAGCAGCAGCAGCAGCAGCAGCAGGGUGGUGAGCAGCAGGGUGAGAACAAGCAGUAA